CCCAUUCUUCCUUCUCGUUCCCAAUCAGUUUUCUUCCGAGCGCCGCCUCCGCUACACACGAAGCUGCUGCUCAGGCCCGCAUCUCGAGCGCCUCCGCCCCUGCCCUGCGCUCCUCCUCCUCCUUCCAUUCCCCUAUCUGCUAGUUCGCCACGCUCGUUGCCCUCUCUCUCACAUCUCCAUUUCUGCUGCAGAUCGAUAUCGUCAUGGACGCCGAGCGUUGCUCACCUCCGAGUCGCACGCCCUGCUGCUGGAAAGCGAUGGCGCCAUCUCCUCCGACUUCGCCGGAUCUACACUCCAGCCACCGGAUUAAUUAGCCCGAUGUUAUUAAUUAGCCUCAAUUCUCUUCCUUUCUUCUCGAGCAGAGGAAGGGGAGGGGUGGAUGUCGGAACAACACAGGGGCACGGGGAUGCGACGCGACGACAAAGUGGGGAUGGCAGCUCUGCUCCGUUUGAAGAUGGAGACGGAUCCAUGGGAAUCCCAGCAACGGCCGAGCAAUUUGGGCGACGGGCGCGGCGAUGCAGUGGGCGGGCGGGGGGUGCGUGCGGACAGCGGAAGAUGCGUGCGUUUUUUUUUUUUGACGUGGUCAUUAUACGACGAAUCGUUUUUCGCACUUAUGCGUGGCAUUGGUGGGUAAUUCUCGCCAACUUCAAGGGUAAUUUAAAUGACGAUGAACAGGCGGGCAGAAGCGAUAAUCGCUUUAUUAUUAGGGAAAGAUUAGGGAAAGAUUUUGUCUCCUACGGGUCGUUCUACGUCUAGUUGUGUAACUAUUGUAGGCUUUUAUUAUUUUCUUAAUUCCAUGUCCAGUUGUCUAUGUAAUACUUAAAAUAUUAAUCAGUGAACUAAAAAAAUAUAUAAAAAAAGAAAAGAAAAAGCGAGCCUCCUUCCCCGAGCGCGAGAUCUAGGGUUCAUAGUAGCCGCCGGCCCACCGCCGCGGCUCGCCCAGUCGGCCGAAGCCUCCGCUGCCCGGCCGCAGGUACAGGAUCCCAACAGCGCUUCGCUCCGUCGGGCAGCCGUUCCCACCAGCAGCGCCUCCCUCCCUGGAGCAGGCGCUCCCGCCCAGCAACGCCGCCGCCCGGAGCAACGCCGCCGACCAGCCCAUAGGCAGUUGGAACAGGGCAUCAAGAUUGUCAAUUGGAGGGGCUUGGAGCUGCUCCAGCAUCCACAGUAGAGCAAACAAGAAGGAGCCAGGUGUUGAUUGGAGAUGAAUGCCCCUGACCGCUAUGAGCGCUUCGUCGUGCCUGAGGGCACAAAGAAGGUGUCCUUUGAGAAGGAUACAAAGAUCAUGAAUGCUGCAUCUUUCACAAUUGAACGUGAGGACCACACCAUUGGCAACAUCCUCCGCAUGCAGCUGCACAGGGACCCAAAUGUUCUCUUUGCUGGCUAUAAGCUGCCUCACCCCCUUCAGUACAAGAUCAUUGUUAGGAUCCAUACUGCAAGCCAAUCCUCCCCAACGCAGGCGUAUACCCAAGCAAUCAAUGAUCUAGACAAGGAGCUCGAGAACCUGAAGCAAGCUUUUGAGGACGAGAAGACGCGAUUCGAAAGGAUGAAGCAGGGCUACUAGGCCGCUGGUGUUGGAUGCUAAUUAACGUGAAAUCCUUGCUAGUUUAUAUCUGAUGUCUGAACUGCGGUAGAAAGAAAAGAACUCAAGGAUUGUCGAUGAGUCUGAACUCGUAGAGUAUCUGCAUGUGCGACCGGGAUUGCGUAUGAUUGUACACUUGAUGCGCCUGCUAGCUGAAUUGCUCGCUCUUGUGAGGUUGGAUAGAGGGUACGGACCGAGUUUGAAGCAGUCCUUGGAUCAUUUUGUACUGUACUACAUGAAUUUUAUGCCAAUGUAAUGUAACCAACUUAAA